AUGUCGUCCGUCGAUAAGCAACAUGUGCUCCUCACCGGGGCGAAUGGGUUCGUCGCCUCCCAUAUCCUCUCUAUUCUCAUAUGCCGCGGCUUCUCUGUGACUGGGACGGUGCGUUCGCAAGCCAAAGCAGACGAGGUGCUCAAGACACACCCAGAAUGGGAGGGCAAAGUGCGGUUUGUGAUAGUAUCGGAUUUUACAUCCCAAGCGCCGUUCAACGCUCUGUUCGCUGAGACGGCUGCCAACCCCUUCACCUAUGUGAUCCACACGGCCUCGCCUCUGAAAUUCAAUGUAGACGAUAUCCAGAAGGAGAUGAUCGAGCCGGCUGUCAAGGGAACAACACAGAUACUAGAGAGCGCCCAUCGACAUGGCGGCUCAUCCUUGAAGCGCUUCGUCCUCUUGGGCAGUGCCGUCUCGGUCCUCAACUCCUUUGAAGGCAUCAGCCGCGAGGGCCGUCCAUAUACCGAGAAGGACUGGAAUCCUGUAACCGCAGAGCAAGCCAUCCAACGCAACGACCCGGUCCUGGGCUACAACGUGUCAAAGACACAGGCCGAGCGGAGGGCAUGGGAGUUUAUGGAAGCGAACAACCCGCGCUUCGACCUGGCCGUCAUCAACCCGGAUAUCAUCACGGGCCCAAUGAUCCAUCCUGUCUCGGGCAAGGGCAAGGGCGCGAUCAACGAAACGAACCAUUUCGCCAUUGCAAGCUUCAUUGACGGGACGAAUAGCAAGGUCGAGGAUGUGCGGUUUCCGUUUUAUCAUUUUGUUGACGUGCGGGACGUAGCACAUAGCCACGUCGAUGCGCUGACAUCCCCCGCAGCCAGCGGGCAGCGCAUCCUGCUCAUUUCGGGGUUGGUUACUCCGCAGCUGGUGGUUGAUAUUAUCAGGGAGCACUUUCCAAGCCUGAGGGAGAGAGUUCCUGCUGGUACGCCUGGGCGAGAGCUGCCCGAGGGGGUGCACCCGACUGGCUGGGAUAUGCGUGUCAGUCUGGAUAUAUUGUCCCAGGGAAAGGGGGCUGAGUGGAAGUAUAUCCCGCUGGAGAAGAGUGUUGUGGAUGCGGUGCAGUCGAUGGUUGAUCUGGAUGUGCUCUAA